AUAUCUCCACAUAGCUGUCUUGCAUUCAGGGGCCUGGUGCAGUCCAUCAACUGUUAGAAGCUUCUAAUUGGCAUCGGUCGCGCACUGCCGAAAAGUGCGCGUCAGUGUGUAAUAACACAUCAAGUCUGCAGCUUCUACACUAAGGAAUGCCUCCGCGACAGCGACGUCGUAACCCAAAUCCGAAGCCCGCAAAGAAAGAGCAGCGAUGCGACCCUGUCGACUCCGGGUUUCAGGAGCCCUGGAUUCCGGGGCUGAUUGAGCGCAUCGCCCAUUUUCUGCCGCCAAACGAGGUAGCGAUGACGCUGCGCCUGCUCAACAAGGCGACAGCGCAGCUGUUAUCCGCGCACAAGGUGGUCCGAGCGGCGGAGCCGCUGCCAGUCCACGAAUACGCCCGCGUGCCCCAACCGCUGGUGCACCGCAGCACCCUCAUCCAGCGGAAGCAGAUCGUCUGCGGCGCAGCUCGUGGCGGCAGCCUGGAGGCUGUGCAGGCGGCUCUGAAGGCGACGGGGCUAUGUCCCGACAGCUGGCUCUUCACGGCUGCUGCCGCCGCGCCGGGCCCUGGAGUCGCGCUGGCACUGUGUGAGGGCUUAGCAGCAAUGGGCUGCCCGCUGCACAACCGGACCUUCAGUACCGAGCCGUCCACACUGUGCAGCGCAGCCGCAGCCGGUAAUGGCGACGUCUGCGACUGGUUGCUGGCGGGCGGGCGCUGCGCCUGGGGAGAAGCCGCCGCCUUCGCGGCAGCGCGGGGAGGGCAUGCAGACCUGGCGCAGCGGCUGCUGUACCUGUGUCCCAAGGAUGGCAGGGCGGAUUGCGCGGCGCAAGAGCUGGUGGUGGCGGCGGCGCACGGGUGCGGCGUGCGCGACCUGGAGCGCACGUACACCUACUGGCUGGGGGGGCGUGCACAGCAGCUGCAGCAAUGGCGGCUGCAGCUCCACCAGCAACCUCAGCAGCAGCCUCCACCAGCAGACGGGCAGCCGCAGCAGCCGCACCCAAUGCAGGCAGGCAACGCGGCGGCAGGCCGCUUCGGCCCCGCAUACGUGGAAAAGCGCAGCGACGGUUUCCGAUGCGAGGUGGCGGACGCGCAGUUUGAGGCGAUGCUGAUCGCGGCCGCGGGCAGCCCCACGGCCUGCUGGCUGGAGAAGCUAGACGUGCUGCUGCGCCGGCACUGCGACGAGGCCAAUGCUCAGCUCGCCUCCGGCCGCGACAACGACGCGCUGCUCGUGAGGCUGUACGAGGCGGCCAUGCAGAGGCCGGAUGGGCUGGACCGCGUGCGGGCGAUGUGGGAGCAGCGCCGCUGGCGACCGAGUGGCGGCGCCGACCUGAUGCGGGUGGUGGAAGCGGCGGCGCGGCGCGGCGACGUCCCGGCGCUGCGCUACUUGCUGGACACAGUGGGCGCACGCACCCAGCUGCGCUGGGGCGAGCAGUGUUGCAUGUGCGCACCCUUGUGCCUGCGCGCCGCCGCGGCUGCUGGUAGCGUCGAAGCGCUGCAGCUCCUGGUGGGGUGCUACGGCUCCUUGGGCUGCUGCGACUUCUCUUUGUCGUGUGUGCUCGAGGAUGCGGCGGCGGAGGGUCACAUCGGCGUGGUGGAGUGGGUCCUGCGCGAGGCCGCCAAGCCAGCCACCGGCAGGGCGGCGGCGGUGGCGUGCUGGCGGCGCGAGGGCUUGCCCAAGUUCCUCAAGCGGGGGGCGGCGGAGGUGGUGAUGGAGCGGGGGCUGCUCCGAGGUCAGACGGAGGUGGUGCGCUGGGCGCUGGAUCACGGCGUGCGUGCGACACAGGGCAGGGGGUUCGUGUGGUGGCUGGUCGCAGCGCGCGCGGGCUGCGUGGAGGUCCUGCGGCAGCUGGCCGAGUGCGGCUGCUUCAAGCCGGGGGCUGAGGCUUACAGCGGGGCGCUGGGCGACCGGCGCACGCUCCGCGAGCUGUCGCGGUUGCGGCUGGGCGGCAGCAGCGCCUGCCAGGGGCUGUUGGCGCUGCUGGAGGACCCGGACGUGCCGCUGAGCGAGCUGCGGUGGCUGCUGGAGGGAGACCGGGAGGGCGCGGCCGCAGCGCUCCUGGCCGCACUCAACGCAACCAAGGGCAAGGCACUGCGGCUGAAGGAUGCGGCUUACAGCGUGAGGGCCUGUGCGGUGCUGGGCGGCCCGGCGGCGGAGGGGCUGCGGCACGAGGGGGAGUGGCAGCUAGCGGUGCAGGCGGUGGCGCGGCGGGGCGAGGGCCCGGAGGCGCAGGAGAUUCGGGCGUGGCUGGAGCAGUGGCGACGGGAGAACGCUGGCCGCAUGGUGCCUGGGAGGAUGCGGCUGUAGCAAACUAGACAUCUUGAUUCCGAUUGACAGGAGAUGGAGGGGGUACGGCGGCUGAGUGGUACGGGCUGAGCCGGAUACAAGUCUGACCGAUGGGGGCGAGUUAGAAAUGUACAAGGGGGGCCAGAUAGCGUGCUGACCCUGCUGUGAGCCUGUGACCGAGAGUCAGGAAUGUGGUUGCCGGCUGUUAUGUGCGAAGCGGCAGGCUGCCGUAGUGGGAAACUGGGCCCGGGCACAGGAAGUCAAGCGGAGU